UAGUGGCUGACAUUUCUUCUUGCUUCUUCUCCGAGCUAUGGUUUUCUAGUGUUUUUAGUUCUCACCAAAUGAAAUAAGCAUCCUUUCGCUUUACUCGAGUUUUCUUCACCCUUUGACUGUUUUUCUACAAAUUCUGCUGAUUCCGAUCUUCUCAUUUCCGGAAGCAACGAGGUCUCCGACGAGCUUCUGGAUAACCCAUUUUUCACGCGUCAUCGUUGCUUCCAGUGUUCUCAUCCUCCAUGGCUAUCGCUCAAGUUGAGUAGUGAGACAAAAGAAAAGUGACUGAAUUCUUUUUUUUUUCCUGGCAACCAAACAAAGGUUUUGGCGUCUACGGGGUUCGUUUUGGUGAGGAUUCUGAAUAACGGAAUUUUCUUUUAAGUUCAUUGGAAGAAGCCGUCUCUUCUCUCUGUUACGUAGUAAAUAGCAGUCAUCAGGUUUUGUGGUGUUCAAAAACGGCUUUACUAUUUGUAGUAUUAGAAAGAAAUGAAAGAAGGUUUGUGUUUUACGCGUUGCUCGUUAGAGAGGAUUUGAAGCGGCGGUGACGCUGCCCAGGUCCUGUCAAUGAACACAUACUCCUCUGGAGAAGAACUCGUUAUUAAGACUAGGAAGCCUUAUACUAUUACUAAACAACGCGAAAGAUGGACUGAGGAGGAGCAUGAUAGGUUCCUAGAGGCCUUGAAGCUCUAUGGACGAGCUUGGCAACGCAUUGAAGAACACAUAGGAACAAAGACUGCAGUGCAGAUCAGGAGUCAUGCUCAAAAGUUCUUUUCAAAGCUGGAGAAGGAGGCACUUGCUAAAGGUGUACCGAUAAGUCAAGCUCUUGACAUAGAAAUUCCACCUCCACGUCCUAAAAGAAAGCCAACCAAUCCUUAUCCUCGAAAAUCCGGUGUUGCUAACACAGUUCAAGAGGGCGUUAAUGAUGGAAAACCCAAAAUGCCGAUAUCUUCUUUGUGUUGCAAGCAAGUGUUGGACUUGGAGAAUGAACCACUUCCAGAGAGACCUAAUGGAGAUGAAAAGGCAACCAAUCUGAAAGAAAACCAAGAUGAGAGUUGCUCUGAGGUCUUCACUCGUCCCCUUGAAGUGAAUUGCUCCUCUGCGUCUUCCAUUAAGAAUUUUAUACCAAGAUCAGUAGCACUCAUAAACUCUUGCACAUUUAGGGAGUUUGUACCUUCUCUAAAAGAGGUAAUAAAUCAUGACAAACAUGAAUACUGUGUUACUCUUGAGCUUGAAAUUUAUAAAGCUUAUGAACUUAUUGUCCAGCAGACUAUUCAUGAUAAUGGAACAAGUAAGGCUUCAAACUUGGAGAGUUCUUGCACUUCAUAUCAGAAACCAGCUCAAGGCCAGAGAAAAGAUGAUUCGGAUGGUGUUUUAUGCGCAGAUGAGAUGCAAGCCACUCAAAAUUAUCCUCGACAUGUUGCAGUGCAUGUCCUAGAUGGAAGCCUGAAAACAUGUGCUCAAAAUCCUUCCCUGGAUAUGUCAUUUCAGGAUUCUAUAUUUCACGCUAAUAGCGAUGUUCAUGGACCUAACUUGUUUACAAAUCCAGGUGCAUCUGCAACUACCGAACAUCAGAAUUCUGCCCCAAGAUCUACUCAUCAGGCAUUGUCACCUUUUCAUACUCCCUUUUUGCAUCUUCGCCUCAAUCAAGAGGACUGUCAAUCAUUUCUACAUGUCUCCACUUUUUCCAGUCUCAUUGUAUCUACUUUGUUACAGAAUCCAGCUGCUCAUGCUGCAGCAAGCUUUGCAGCUACAUUUUGGCCAUAUGCAAAUGUUGAUUGUUCUGGCGAUUCUCCCACAAGCGGCCUAGGCGGUUUCUCACCCAGACAACUGAACUCUGCUCCAAGUAUGGCUGCAAUUGCGGCUGCAACUGUAGCUGCUGCCACUGCAUGGUGGGCCGCACAUGGACUGCUUCCUGUAUGUGCUCUUCACCCAGGCUUUACCUGUGCUCCUGCAUCCACUGCUGCAGUUCCACCAAUGGAGAAUGGUAAAGCUCCAACUGCAAAGACGGAACACAAUGAUAAAACCGAUCAAGCUCUCUCCAUGCAGGACAAACAACUAGACCCUGAAUACUCUGAAGCUUUGCAAGGUCAGCAGUCACAAUCUAAAUCACCUACUUCUUCAUCUGACUGUGAAGAGAGAGGAGAUGCAAAAGUGAAUACUGGAGUGAAAGCUACCGAUGAUGAGAAGGCUGCUAAAGUAAUUGAACCUCAGGAUGCAAAUAAAACGAAGAACAUAAAACAAGUUGACCGCUCCUCAUGUGGCUCCAAUACAAGUUCCAGUAGUGAGGUAGAGACAGAUGUGUUAGAAAAACAUGAAAAAGACAAGGAAGACCCAAACGGUGCCGACGCAAAUCAUCCACAAGUCGAAUGUAACCGUCGAAGUAGAAGCAGUAGCAACCCGAGUGAUUCUUGGAAGGGGGUAUCUGAAGAGGGGCGACAGGCUUUUCAAGCCCUUUUCUCCAGAGAGGUAUUGCCACAAAGCUUUUCUCCUUCACACAAGGGCAAGAACAAGGGGCAGCAAAAGGAAAACGUAGGUGAACACAAGCAAAAUCCAGUCGAGAAAGAUGGAGAAACAUCAGCUUUAGACCUCAACAGCUCUUGUUCUGAUCAUCCAGAAGUCAAGAAAAAUGUAUUAUCAAGAAAUCAGAACAACACUGCAGAAGAGGGCCUUCUGACGAUUGGACUAGGACAUUCGAAACAUAGGGCCAGUCGAACUGGAUUUAAACCUUACAAAAGGUGUUCUGUGGAAGCCGAGGAAAACAGAGUGAUGAACACAGGCAGUCGAAGCGAAGAGAAAGGCCCGAAGAGAGUACGCUUGGAAGGGGAAGCUUCAACUUGAGUUUACGUACUAUAUUGCAUGCGAUAAACAAACACAACAUUUGUUCGUUGCAUGUAAUCCCUUAAGGCUUUCCCCCAUAUCUUAUAUUCCACUUCAUAUGUUGAUUAUAAAGACUUGCAUUGCAUCGCAGCUCACGAGACUUUUAGUGUAAUGUUGUGUACUAUCUAAUAUUCUACAUUGACUGAUUCGCUUUCCCGGACUUUUAUGUAUGCCACUGCUGUUACGAACUCCUCUGA